AUGGAAACGAAUAAGCCUUCGACUUCUCGGUGUUCAUUUUAUGGAAUUGUGAUUUGGCUUCUUUUGCCUGUUGGAGCUGUUAAUGAUGGAAUUGGAACCGGAACUGGAACUGGUUUAAUCAUCCAUCUAGAAGCCGAGAGAAAACACAGGAGGGAGAUGAUGAACAAGGUGCGAGAAUUGGAAAAUGGGGACAACAAAUGA